AUGGGCGAUGGCGCGUGGAUCUCACUCAGCCCCACCGAGUUCGCCCAGCUCCAGCAGUACACAGACUACUCCACCAAGAAGCUCAAGGAUGUCCUGGAGGAGUUCCAUGGGGAUGGUGUCCUCUCGAAGUACAACCCUGAGCAGCCCAUUGACUACGAGGGCUUCUGCCUCUUCAUGAAGACCUACCUGGAGGCCGAUGUACCUGAGGAGCUCUGCCAACACCUCUUCACCUCCUUCAAGCGUAAGAUAUGCCAAGCCUCCCCCAAGACCCAGCGCCAGAGCCCCAGUGUAGGCACAGGCAUCCUGGUGUCACACUGCCUCUGGAAGAGGUUACCCUUCAGCCUGCGGAAGAGCCCCAGCUCCCUGAAAGCUGCCCCACUGCCCCCCACCCCCCUGGCCCAGGUGGUCCACCUGAAGGACAUUGUCUGCUACCUGUCCCUGCUGGAAAGGGGACGAGCAGAGGACAAGCUGGAGUUUAUGUUUCGCCUCUACGAUACCGAUGGAAACGGCCUCCUGGACAGCUCGGAGCUGGAUCGUAUCAUCAACCAGAUGGUGCACGUGGCCGAGUACCUGGAGUGGGACUCCACUGAGCUGAAGCCUAUCUUGAAGGCCAUGAUGGAGGAGAUUGAUUACAACCACGAUGGGACCGUGACGCUGGAGGAGUGGAUCCGGGGGGGCAUGACCACCAUCCCCUUGCUGGUCCUCCUGGGGAUGGAGACGAAUGUGAAGGACGACGGGCAGCAUGCCUGGAGGCUGAAGCACUUCAAGAAACCUGCCUACUGCAACUUCUGCCGCACCAUGCUGAUGGGGGUCCGCAAGCAGGGCCUCUGCUGCUCCUUCUGCAAGUACACGGUCCAUGAGAGGUGUGUGUCCAAAGACAUUGCCUCCUGCAUCAGCACCUACGUUAAAUCCAAGAGAAACGCCAGCGUGAUGCAGCACACCUGGAUCGAGGGCAAUUCCCCUGUCAAGUGCGACAGAUGUCACAAGAGCAUCAAGUGCUACCAGGGCAUCACCGGCCUGCACUGCGUCUGGUGCCAAGUCACACUCCACAACAAAUGUGCCUCCCACGUGAAGCCGGAGUGCGACGGGGGCCCACUGCGGGACCACAUCUUGCUGCCAUCCUACAUCUGCCCAGUUGUCCUGGACAGGCAGUCCCACUGCCGACGAUCAGAGAGUGACUCCCCUGCCAGCACCAGUCCUGAGGAAACCCAGGCCUUCAAGUUCAACUCCACCACGGUGGAUGGGCAAGGACUGCAGAUCAGUGCUCGGCCCGGGACUCACCCACUCCUGGUGCUGGUGAACCCCAAGAGCGGAGGAAGGCAAGGGGAGCGGGUCCUUCGGAAGUUUCACUACCUGCUCAACCCACGCCAAGUGUACAACCUGGACCGUGGUGGGCCCGCACCGGGGCUGAACUUCUUUCGGGACACUCCAGAUUUCCGUGUUCUGGCCUGCGGAGGGGAUGGCACGGUGGGUUGGAUCCUGGACAGCAUAGAUAAGGCGAACCUGGCGAAGCACCCUCCGGUGGCUGUGCUGCCCCUGGGAACAGGCAAUGACCUGGCGCGGUGCCUGCGCUGGGGAGGAGGUGAGGUGGGGCGNNNNCUGAUGAAGAUCCUGAAGGACAUUGAGCACAGUACAGAGGUGAUGCUGGACCGCUGGCACAUAGACGUCAUUCCCAGUGACAGGGAGGCCAACGGAGAUCCUGUCCCAUCCACCAUCAUCAACAACUACUUCUCCAUUGGAGUGGAUGCCUCCAUCGCCCACCGCUUCCACAUCAUGCGGGAAAAGCACCCUGAGAAAUUCAACAGCAGGAUGAAGAACAAGCUGUGGUACUUCGAAUUUGGGACAUCAGAGACCUUUGCAGCCACCUGCAAGAAGCUCCAUGACUAUGUUGAGGUGGAGUGCGAUGGGACCCUGCUAGACCUGAGCAACACGUCCCUGGAGGGCAUUGCUGUCCUCAACAUCCCCAGCAUGUACGGCGGCUCCAACCUCUGGGGCGAGACCAAGAAGCAGCGCGGCUACAACCGGCUGGGCAAGAAGGUGCCGGAGAAGAUUCCUGGCACCGUGGUCACCGAUGCAAAGGAGCUGAAGUUCUGCGUGCAGGACCUCAGCGACCAUCUCCUGGAGGUGGUGGGGCUGGAGGGUGCGAUGGAGAUGGGGCAGAUCUACACGGGGCUGAAGAGUGCUGGGAAGAGACUAGCCCAGUGUUCCUCCGUCACAAUCAGGACAUCCAAGCUGCUGCCCAUGCAGGUGGAUGGGGAGCCCUGGAUGCAGCCAUCCUGCACUGUCAAAAUUACACAUAAAAGCCAGGUGCCAAUGCUGCUGGGGCCCCCCCAGAAGAGCAGCUUCUUUUUCCUGAAGAGGAGAAACCGAACUCGGGAUUAA